AUGGAGGACAUCUUCAAUGCAAAACUUGACAAGGUCAAGAAUGUACACACAUUUUGGUGGUGGUGCGAGAAAUUUAUGCUUCCUGGCUUGUACAGUGCCCCAUGGUACAAUGGACAACCAUUUGAAGAGGAAGAUUUCUUCUCAAAUAAGAGGGCGUUUAUUGUCGGCCUUCCCCGACUACGGCAGCUGCGUAUAAAACCAGAGCCAUGUCUUACUUGGUCUGCUUAUCCAGAGUUUAAACGUUGGUUUCCUCGAUGUUAUCAUGAGUACCAAGGCAGCAACCUUGAUGAGGGCCAUUCAAGCCUGGAGUUAAUUGAUGUCUCGCCAUUUUAUGACGAUAUCGGAACUGGCAGCAACAGCGGUUACAGUGAUAUUAGCAACAGUAUUAAUGGUAGCAGUUACACCAAUGAAAGCAUCCAAGAAAUAUUUUCCAUCGUGCCAAUCACGUGUGACCACACCGUCAAAUUCCAGGAUGCAACGUCCUUAGGCACUUUACCUAUUAUCACAGCAUUCGGCACUUAUUACGGUGGCGGACUUGUAGCAGAGUUAGGAUAUGAAAAUGAGACUGCCUGGAAGGUCAUUGCCAACCUUAUUGCUGACAACUGGAUUAACAGACGGACAGUUAUUGUGUUGUUUGAGUUCGUUACAUUUGAGCCCGCGACAAAUCUGUUCGCUUUUACUCGAUAUUCUUUCGAGUGGUUACCUACAGGAGGCAUGGAAAUAUCUUAUCGUAUUGACCCCAUUUCGUUUUCCCGCAGCACCAGUUCACACACCGGCUCAGUUUUUAUUGCAUGUUACGUAAUCAUUGUUUUAAUACUCGUAUACUCUAUAUACAUAGAAAUACGCGAAAUGCGUCAGUCGGGCUGGGCUUACUUGAGGGACAUAUGGAGUUUUCACGAGUGGACAUUGAUAUGCCUCACACUUACAGCUAUGGUGAUAUUCUUCAUCAAAGCCGAACAAACCAGAAAACUCGUCGCGAAAGUUCAUGAAAAUCCUUAUGGCCGGAUGAGUUUUGAUUAUGUUGCGUUAUGGACAGACGUUGAAAAUGUGGUUAUUUCCAUGGUUACCUUUCUGUCCACACUGAAGUUCCUUCGCAUCUUGAAGUUCAAUAAGCAUAUCUCCCAGUUGGCGAAAAGCAUAAAUGUAUCCCGAGGUCCUAUGACAUCGUAUUCACUUGUAUUCCUUGUGGCUCUUCUGGCAUUUGCCGUCAUAGGUAACAUGCUGUUUGGACGUUCAGCGUACAUGUUUUCUACAUUCACGAGGUCAUUGGUGAACGUCUGCGAGAUGAUACUUGGCAAAGGAACUAAUUAUGACGAGCUGGAAGCCAUAAACCGUUCUCUGGGGCCGUUCUUCAUGUUUUUUUAUUUUUCCGGUAUGACUGUUUUCAUGAUGAACUUCUUUGUGGCCAUACUGAACGACUCCUUCACAGACGCAAGAGAAAUCUUGGAAGAAAACCCAACCGAGGACAGCGAAAUGUCCGAUUUUAUCGGAGAAUAUGCCAAGGCCAUGCUGAGGGAAAUAUCAAAAGAGUUAGGAGGAAGCGGUGGAAAAAGUGUAAAAUAUGCUACAUAUGAAGACAAAUUCGUAUCGUACAGUAAAGAAGCGAAAGAACGGGACUUUUUCUUGUACUAGUGUGGUCUGUUUGGCUGCAAUAGGACGCAACUGGGUCACUGUUGUGUAGGUCUUAAUGGAGUUGUGACGCUUACAGCUAACUUUUAAACUUUGUAGCUUUUUACGCCUUCAGGUUCAGUUUUUGGGCCGCCUUACGUCUAACGGUUGAGUUCUCACGAUGACGGUUAGAUUUUUCAGUUUUUUUUACCGCUAACGGUUAAACCCCAAUGAGAUCUUCUAUUUGAAACUAUAUAAGCGUUUAAGCAGAACCUUACCUACUUCCUAAUCUUACUCUUGAUCGAUACAUUGAAACAUAGAAAAAUGUCGUACUUA